AUGAACAACUUGAACGUCGCAGCCUCUCGUCCGAUCAACCUUUCCUUCACACUGGUUCAUCACCAUCUUUCCAACCAAAAUGUUUUAAUUUUUCUUCGUGGUUAUCCGAACACUACCAAGUACAAACACCUGCAUGGAUUUUAUUGCUCCGAAAUUAAUGGUAGAACAUUUAUGCAUCAUUCAAAAUUUCAUGACAUACAUCAAAAUUCACGAAAUGAUGAUCAUGCUUCUAACAAUUGCAAUUCUCUCAACAAUUUGAAAAUUUCCAAUGUUAAAAUUGAGCGUGACAAGCAUAUUGAAAGCAAAUGGAUACGAUUGCAAAGAAUGUAUUAUAAUCAAAAUGGAAUUGAAAAAACGUGGGAUAUUGCAGUCACUCGAGACUCCGUCUCAUGUCUCAUUUAUCAAAAAUCACAAAAAGCAUUUAUUAUUGUUAAGCAAUUCAGACCAGCACUAUUUGCAAGACAAGUGACAGAUCUUAAUCAAGAUCCAAGUGGACCCAACGUCAUAUUGCCAGAGAAAAUUAAAUUCUCAUUCGAAUUGUGUGCUGGAAUUUCAGAUAAAAACGUUUCGCCUGUGGAAACUAUUCAAGCAGAGCUUGAAGAAGAAUGUGGAUUUCGAAUUCCUCUCGACAAAAUUCAAUCUGUCAAAACAUACUAUACAGGAACGGCUUCCAAUGCUAGCAUGCAACAAUUAUUUUACGUAGAAAUGGACGAUGAAUCUGAGAAGGCAUGGAAAAUCAACGCUGGUGGAGGCCUUGAGUCGGAAGGUGAGAUUAUUGAGGUUUUCAAAUUACCAUUGGAACAUGUUCACGAAUUUUUAACAGACACCACAACUUUAAAACCAGCCACACUCUUCUAUGCCAUUACGUGGUGGUUCUUGGAAAAAGCAUCCUUGCAAGAACAACAACAUUUCUAUUUUAAUAAAACCAAUUAA